GUGCAAAUGAUGAAGAUUUCUUACAUAAUUGCGAAAAGUUAUAGAAUAUUCUUUAAGAUAUUAAACUUUCAACAUAAUUUAAUGCAGUGGAACUUGCUAUUCCUUCUGCUAGAGAAAUUCUACUUUUUAUUAUCUAACUUAGUUAAACAUUACCAUAUUAUAUACCAAAAUAAUAACCUAUAAUAUUUUCUUGUGUAUUAGGAGAAGAGAUUGCUAAAAUUAUAGAAAUUAAUAAUCCUACUUUAAAACCUAUUAGUUAUUGGGUUAGUUUAGAAGGAAGUGAAGAUUUUAAAUUAGAUUCAGAAGAUAAUUUUAGAAUAGAAAGUAAAGGUACUUUUAAAUAUAGAGUUAAAUUUUAUUCAAGAGUUUCUAAUGUAUAAACUGCUCGUAUUGCUUUUACGAAUAAAAAAGAAAGUACUUCUAUUGCUUCUGCUAUUGUUUUUGAUUUAAAAAGUUAAAUUACAGGAAGAAUUAGUGAAUAAAUUUGGAAUGUAGAUACUCCUUUAUAUGAAUGUAAGGAAUUUUCUAUACAAAUUCAUAAUAAAUUCUAAAAUUGUGAAUAUGGUGAUUUUCAAAUAUAAAUAAUUCAUGAAUACGAAUUAAAAAAAUCUGACGAACAAAAAGUCGAAGAUAUUAAAGAAACAAAAAAAAAACCGUUUUCAAUAAUACAAAAUCAAAAGAAAAAAAAAGAAGAAGAACCCCCUAUAGAAGUAGAAAAAGUAAACUUCCCUUAAUUUUUUUGCCGUGUUGAGAGAAUAAAACUUAAACGAAAUGCCCGUUUUAAUCUCUAAAUGGCCUUCAUACCGUUAAUAUUUGAAACUUAGAAAUGCUAUAUAGUAUUCAAUGACCCUAAAGUGGGUGAAUUCUAACAUGAAAUCCGCGGGAAAGUAGAAAUGCCUGAAGAAGUGAUAGAGAUUCCCGAAAAGCCAAUUCAAAUUUACGUAGAUACUCCUAAAAUAUGGAAUUUAAAUCUUACGUUUAAAAAUAAUGGAUUUAAAAAUGCUAAAAAAUCUCUAGAAUAAUGGCUUGUUGAAAAAAAUAAUUCUAAGUUUUCCAAAAAUUAAUUACUUUCAUAAAAAACUAAAAAAUUUUAGUCAAUAAUAACGGAGUAAAUAAAAAAGUACGUCAAUACAAUAAGUUCCGAUAAAUAACAAUCUAAUGAUGUAUAAUCUUCCUGUCAAAAUCAUUCCUUAAAUUCCAAAUAACCGCCUUCCACAUCUACUUAAGGUUAAAUAGAAUUAGAAACUAAUGUACUCCCCUUCAACUUUUAAUUUAAGAAUCCAUUCAAAGACUACAUAGCAUAUAUUACUAUCAAAAACAUUCAAAAAACCGACGUUAGGAAGUUCAAAUUAGUAACGACAGCCCUCCCUAAACCUGUUAAAGCUCUACUUGAAAUGACUGCGCCUGCAAGAGAAUGUAUAAUGUAGGAAAUUCCCAUAAUAAACAACACAGAGAAAGACUGGUAAAUGAAAAUCCAAUUAACCUAUAAUAUACAAGAUACUCCUUUCAAAUAUUUCUUUGUAAAUUUUCCGCCAAAAAAUACGCACUAAGAUAGACCUAAUUCCUUCCGAGAAUUUGUUAUUAAAAAAAAAACCACUGGGAAUAUUCCAAUUUGUUUUUUCCCAGAAUGGAUUUGUACCUCCGAAGCUAAACUCAUAAUCUAAAAUCCACUUACAUGUGAUUAGUUCGAAUACGAUUUAAAAGGAAUAGCUGAAGAACCACUUGCUAUAGACCAUUUUGUUGUCACUUCUUUAGCCCGAUAGACUGUUUAGAAAGAAAUAGUUAUAGAUAAUUCAAAUAAUGAAUAAGCUAUUACCUAUAAUGUUACUACGGAUUUAAUUGGCGCCGUUGGGGAGCCUUAGAUUAGUGUUUAAGGGAAAAGAAAGGCCAUUUAUUUGUUAAAAAUACACCCUGUGAUGAGUGGUUAAUAUACCGGAUCAGUUACUUUUACAAAACCGGAUGGUACAUAUAUUUGGUGGACAGUACUUUUAAAUACUCAGAGUCCGAAUGCUGAUAAGGUUAUUGAUUUAGUCACUUGCUUGAGAAAACCAGUCGCUUUUGACAUUGAUUUAUAUAAUCCUGCAGAUGAGAUUGCUAAUUUUGAAGUUUUAAUGGAAGGUGAUGGGCUUUAGGGAGAAUUGUAUUUUUCUAUAAAACCUAAUUAAAAGUAUAAAUAUGAAUUGUUCUUUAUGCCGUUGAAAGUUUAGAAAUAAAAAGGGUCAGUGGCUUUUGUAAGCAAAAAAUUAGGUGAAAUUUGGUAUGAAUUAAAUUUAAUUGCAGAAGAUUCAGAUAUUAUUAGGUUGCCGGUACUUAAGGCGGAAUUGGGAAAAACUGAAUAACAUGAAAUUACUUUGGAAAAUCCUUCAAACGAAGAUGUUCCGAUUUAAGUGAAAAUCUCUAAUCCUUCUAAUUAUGAAGUGUAUCCCGAAAAUAUUGUAAUUCCGGCUUAUGAUUAAUGUUAAGUGAAUAUUAUUUAUAGACCAAAUAUGUUAGAUAAGCCAUAGACUUGUGAAAUUACUUUCAAUACAGCUACUAUUGGGAAAUGGGUUUAUUCUUUACAUGGAUAAGGACUUCCUCCUACUAAUUUUGAAUGUACUAAUAUUAUUUCUGGUUUAAAUAAAGAUUAUUCCAGUUUCUUGAAUUUUAAAAAUCCAUUUAAAGAUACUAUAUAAGUAAGAAUAUUUUUAGAUACAAGAGACAAAAAAGUGCUAGAAGUGUUAAAAUUAGUAAAAAAAGGUAAAGAAGCAUAUAUAACUAUACCUUCAUAAACUAUAUAUUAAAUCCCGUUCACUUUCCAGCCUAAAGAAAUUCGAUGUUAUGAAUGCGAUGUGGUAGUUUCGAUGAACGAAAAAAUUAAAUGGCGAUUUCCCAUUCGAGCAGUAACAGAAUCUUUCAGUACUGGAAUUUUAGAGACUUUCAAAACAAAAGCACGAGUGUAAAUAAAUUAAGAAUUCUCAGUUCAUCUGCCCGGUUUGAAUAAUUUAUAGGAUAAUAAUGAAACUUUCAAAUACGAAUUAUAGAAUAUACCUGAAGAAAUGAAAAAAAUAAUAGAUAAAUCUUUAAGGAUAACAAUGACUAAAGAUACACUCUAAUCUUUAGAUGAGUAUUUGUAAUUUUCCGUAGCCUUCAAACCAAUGAAACCUUUUAAAUGUUUAGUCGAUUUUAUUAUUAAAAGAUUGUCUGGAGGCUUUUGGAAGUUUAAAAUACAUCUCGAAGCCAGUCCUCCAAACGAAGACGAUGUAAUAAUAUUAAGUGCAGUAGUAGGAAAAUUAGAUUAAGCAUCAUUUAAACUUACAAAUAGGUUUAAAACUUUUGCCACUUUUAAAGCUUUCUUUACUGAAGAUUCUGAUUUUGAAUUCACUGUUUCACCUAUGAGUGGUCUUUUGGAACCUUAUGGGAAAGGAGGAACUCAUUUUUUGAUUAAAUUUAGUCCUUUGGAAUAUGGAAAAGUUAGAUAAGGUAAACUAAUUAUUGAAACUGAUGAGAUGUAUUGGUCAUACAUACUUAAAGGAGUUUUACCGACAUAUAAACCACCUAUUAUUUCAGAAAGCAAUAUUAAUUUUGUUAAUAGAAAUUAUAUAGAAGUCAAAAGUUAAAAAGAUAGAGAAAAAAAAAACUUCUUAGCUAAUAAUAUUAAAUAGAGUAAUAAUAUAUUAUAAUCUCCUAGUUAAGUUUCUUUGAAAAAAUCGUAGACUCCAAGUGUACUUAAAGGGUAUUUUAAUUAUGUUCCGUCACUUGCGGGAGGAGAAGAAAAUGUUUCAGUUAUUUCAUCUAAAACAAAAUCUUUAAAAAGAGCUUAGACUGCUAAAAUUGUAAAUAAGAGGGAAUGA